UGUAUCGAAGCACCAGCGGAGGAUCGGGGUCAUUUGAGUUGUGACCUGUCUUAAACCGAAUAUGAAGAUAUUUGGACGUGAACUGUAGCCACAAAGGAGAAUAAAGCGAUCCCCUAUAUUUUUUUCUUCGCCUACGUGGAAAAACUAUAUGAACCUGUUUGGGAGCCCUGUCUGUGACUGAGAUUUGAAAGCCAAAGGACUGCUGAAUGCUAGCUAGCUAGCGACAAGCUGCAACCAAGAGGAGUACCAAGCGAAUAGCUAGUAUUGUAGCUGCGGAAGAAAUCUCUGUGGAUUAAAGCAAUAUUAGCGAGUUGUCAGCAAGAGUUACAGAAGAAAUCAAAGCUUAUUAUUUUCGAACACGUCAACCGAAGAUCAUAUCGAUAGUGAAUAAUGUAUUUUUCGUUAUGUCAAGGCAUCUUUUCGCAUUCUUGUUCGCUUGCUAUACGCUGUCAUAGGAAGGACAGUUCGCUAAUUGCACUUGGAGAUCGUUAUUCAUUUGUCUGAUGUCAGAAAAGGGAAUGCUCAUAGAAAGUGCAGGUAGCUUUGGAGAACGAUUCGGAAUCCAGCCAUAUUGCCUACAGCCACUGAACGCUAUCCAGUUACUUCAGAUCGCAAGCUAGUUAUGGACAGUAGACCAUGUUACCAUGUCACUGUCACCGAUGUUAUGGAGUAACCGUGAACUGGGUGCUGGCUGCUAACACUCGACAUCAUGUAGCUAGCUAGCUAAGUAGCCGGGCAGUUUGAGUGCGUCCUGCUUUACUGAGUAAAUGAGCGAUAGCUUGUUAACAAGUUGACAAACUAGGUCAGAAAAUGACAGCUAGCGGAAGGGACUGACAUCGAGGUCUCAGACAUUGUUGCUGGUAGCCAUGCGUACUGCAGUGUGCGGCGUCCUUUGAUUACACAAUUGAAAUGGAUUGCACCACCUGGUUUAACCCGUAUUUUAUAUCACAGAGAGGGAACUAGCAGUUCUGCUCAAUUGUAUAGUCUUCCUUGCGUCUUAAGAAAUGUAUUUCCACAUAGAGGAAUGCGAGUGCAAAGGGAACCUUUUUUUAAAUUCGGUAUUUAGUGUCACUUUUGUCCCCAAAUCGGAUGAAGUCGUAUCCGAGGAGAAAUCUUGAGCUAGAACGUGUGAUGUCAUACGAAAUAAAAUAGCGAUAUUGAUUGAUACAAUUCCAAGCUUGUUAUCACGAAGGCUGGUCGGCCAGCUUCAUGUGAUCAUCCUUCAAAGUGCAUACUGCAAACAUACAGUCUAGGACAGACAACGUCGUGCUGUAGGACAGUGCUGCUGGAAAAUGGAAACGGUUGGAGAUUUUGAAUACAGCAGAAAAGACUUGGUGGGACAUGGAGCGUUCGCCGUUGUGUUCAAAGGGAGACACAGAAAGAAGACAGAUUGGGAGGUUGCCAUUAAAAGUAUUAACAAGAAGAACCUGUCCAAGUCUCAGAUCCUGCUGGGCAAGGAGAUCAAAAUCUUAAAGGAACUUCAGCAUGAAAACAUUGUCGCUCUCUAUGAUGUGCAGGAAACGCCAAACUCAGUGUUCCUGGUCAUGGAGUACUGCAAUGGAGGUGACCUGGCUGACUACUUGCAAGCCAAAGGCACACUAAGGGAAGACACACUGCGAGUAUUUCUGCAGCAGAUUGCUGCGGCCAUGCGCAUCCUCAACAGUAAAGGCAUCAUCCACCGCGACUUGAAGCCCCAGAACAUCCUGCUGUCCUAUGUGGGCCGCAAGAAGUCCAGCCUCAACGGGAUCCGCAUCAAAAUUGCUGACUUCGGCUUCGCACGGUAUCUCCAGAGUAACAUGAUGGCAGCCACGCUGUGCGGCUCUCCCAUGUACAUGGCCCCAGAAGUGAUCAUGUCGCACAACUACGAUGCCAAAGCCGACUUGUGGAGCAUCGGUACAGUAGUGUACCAGUGCCUCGUAGGAAAGCCACCCUUCCAGGCAAACAGCCCGCAGGACCUGCGCAUGUUUUAUGAGAAGAACAAGACUCUGGUGCCCAGCAUUCCUAGGGAAACCUCACCUCACCUGUGUGACCUCCUCUUGGGCCUCCUGCAGAGAAAUCAGAAGGACCGCAUGGACUUCGAUACAUUUUUCAGCCAUCCUUUCCUGGAGCCAGCAUCAGUGAUUAAAAAAUCUUGCCCAGUGCCUGUUCCCAGCUGUCCUGGCUCUGUUUCAGAUAGCUCAUGUGGCAGCUCUCCUUCCUGUCGUUACGUAUCUCCUCCGUCUCUGCCAGACAUGCAGACCCUGCCUGAAGACGUGCUUGCCUCACCCCCCCUCGGCCCCCCAAACUACCUACAGCUGUCCAAGGAGUCUGGCGGCAGUACCAGCAGCAAGAACUCCUCCUGUGACACAGACGAUUUUGUGCUUGUGCCUCACCUAUCUGCAGAACAAUCCUAUGACCUGCCAAUGGGGGCCACAGGAAGACGUCCAUCCAGCGAGUUCCUGCUGUGUGGGGGCCCGCCCCAGCCCAGUGCUGGGCAGACGCCCAUGGUAUCACCGCGUGCGGAAACCACGCCCAUACCCGUGCCCACCCAGGUCCGCAAUUACCAGCGGAUCAAGCAGAACCUGUCCAGCAGCCCCACUACAACAGUGUACGGUUCCCCCAGGUCAGGUACAGUGCGGCGGUCCAACACCAGUCCCAUGGGGUUCCCCAAAGGAGGCUCGGGGUCACCCAGCUCCGCAGAGAUGGCGCAUGCCCUGGGGAGACGCCUGUCUACAGGGUCAUCCCGGCCGUACUCACCCUCGCCACUGGUGGGAAUCGUCCCAGAACAGCUGGGCCAGUGCUGCUGUGGGCACCAGGGACACGAAUUACGCAGCCGCAGCUCCACUGGAGGCUCGCCUGUGCCGUCGUCGCAAUUGCUGGGGGCCCGCCUUCAAAGCGCCCCCACCCUGACGGAUGUUUACCAGACCAAACAGAAGCUACACAAGCAGCUGUCCGACCCCGUGCACCCCACAAGCUCCGCUCACCCCAGCAGCCACUCGCCGCAGCUCAGCCGGCCCGGCAGCCUGGGCACCUCCCCUACUAAGCACCUGGGCUCUUCCCCACGCUCCUCCGAUUGGCUGCAGAAGUCUCCUUUGCCCACUAUUAUUGGCUCUCCCACCAAGACGACUGCACCUUUCAAAAUUCCAAAGACACAGGCGUCCUGCAACCUGCUGGCCUUAGCGUCUCCACAGGGCGUAGCGGACAGCCCUCCCCCCAGCAAAGCCCUGAGCGAUGCCCGGGAUAUUUGCGCCCACCACUGCACGGCCUAUCCCAGCACCCGCCAGUCUGGCCCAGAGGCUAGCAGGACCACUUUUGGCAGGUCGGUCAGCACUGGCCGGCUCUCUGAGCAGCCAGUCAGGAUCACUCUGGGUGGACAGGCGUACCAGGGAAGCACUGAUAGCCUGAAUACUGAGAGACCCAUGGACACAGCCCCUGCAGGAACCAAUGGGGCAAGUCCCCGCACCGUGCUCUUCACCGUGGGCUCCCCCCCAAACAGCAGCACUCCGCCCACCUGCAGUCACAUGGGCUCCCGGCCUCGAACCACCUCAGUGGGGUCCAACAGUUCUGCUGGUUCACUGUGUUCCACGAGCGGCCGCGUGCACAUGGGCUCCCCUCCCGGAAUGGCAAUCGGCGUUUCCCCCCCUGGGGCGGAGGCGGGGCCAAGCAGCCUGCGCUAUAUCCCUUACGGCACCUCCCCCCCAAGCCUGGAGGGCUUCAUCACGUUUGAGGCCCCUGAGCUGCCAGAGGAGACGCUCAUGGAGCGGGAACACACAGACACAUUGAUGCACCUGCGUAUGAUGCUGUCUUUCACCGACUGUGUGCUGGAGAUCGCCGCCGUGCGCGCAGGCGGGGCCGACCUGGGCGUGUCUGUGGCCUCCCUCUACCCCCCCCAGGAGAGCGUGGUGGUGGACCAGAUCAGCCAGCUCAGCAGAGAGUGGGGGCAGGUGGAGCAGUUGGUUCUGUACAUGAAGGCUGCUCAGCUGCUGGCCUCCUCCCUGCAUCUGGCUAAGGCUCAGAUCAAAUCAGCCAAACUCAACCCCUCCACUGCCGUCAAGCAGGUGGUGCGGAGCCUGAACGACCGCUACAAGAGCUGCAUUUCCCUUUGCCGCCGCCUCACCGACCGGCUGCACCACUUCUUCUCUGACAAGCAGCGCUUCGUGGACGAGAUCAACAGCGUGACAGCAGAGAAGCUCAUCUACAACCACGCCGUGGAGAUGGUGCAGACGGCAGCACUGGACGAGAUGUUCCAGCAAACAGAGGAUAUUGCCUACCGUUACAACAAAGCCGCCAUGCUCCUGGAGGGACUGUCCAAGAUCCUGCAGGACCCCGUGGACAUUGAGAAUGUCAACAAGUAUAAGGCCAGUGUGGAGCGGCGAAUCUCCUCCCUGUGUUACUGCACCGUGACACUGUACGAAUAGGCCACAGCCAUGCCCACCGAGGGACCACCUGCUCCCUGCAGCAGGGAGUGUACCGAAUCUGAGGAAGAACAGGAGGACAACAGGAUCCACGCACCCCACCUUCUCUCCCGUAGCAACCCAUGCACUUUAAUUUUUUAUGAAAAGCUCACAAAUACAAAUAGUAUUAUUCCCUUUUGCAUUAUGGACUGAAUGCAAGGGCAGGAGAGAUGCACAUAUUCAUUACCAAAGAUGAUGAUUAUGAAGAUGAUGAUGAAGAUGAAGAAAACUGAAAGCAUGGACAGGAAAUGAUGCCUCUUCUCUAAGAUCGACAGGGUUUCUAACUCACACAGGGAAAGAAAUUACAAAACCAGAUUACAGCUUCCUCUUUAGUUACAAAAAAAACCCCAUCAGACAGGAAGCUGAGCUCUCUGAACUCUGGCUCACAUACAGAACUUUCUGGAAGGGGUGUCAACUUUUUAAGAGCAAAUGGCUGAACUAAAUGUAAUUAAGUUUUUACUGUGUUUUUGCUGUUGCAGUUAUUUAUUGGUUGUGGAAAAUUCCUUUUAUGGAGGAUGCCGUGUGUCCUGCCUGUACAACAUGGUGUGACAUGGAGAAGGGAGGGGAUAAAGUGCUUUGUGUUAUCCUUACCCUAAUCCAAGAAAGCGGAAUACAUACACACACACACACACACUUGUGUAUGCACACAGCACACAACAAUGCAGUGUGAAGAUCAAAGGAACCUGUAGAGGUGUAAUUAGUUCUUUUUGAUUAUUAGCAGAAGCACUUUACUGACAGAGUGGUGACAGUGACACUUGUCGGGUUGUGAACAGAAAUUCCGAGGCCACCAGAAGGUGCACAGGACACUUUCUUGUCCCAUUCGUUGACUUCUCCGAUCCCCAUAUGGUUUGGCUUGGCUUGGCUUGGCUUGACUUGGCUCAGCCCAGCUAAACUAGGGCUGACUCCCCUUCAUUACUGUAUGACCUCCACACUGACUGUAGGAGCUGCUGGACUGGGGAGCAAAUGGUGAACAGAGGUUGGUCGUCUCCUCCCCCGCAAGUCUUUGGGAAUCUUUGAUCACCAAGGCAACAGAAGGCAAGGAAUGUCACACGUCACAGACAGACUCUCUGUUCACCCCCAGACUGCAGACUCCCGAUCCCACAGUUAUCCAGGGCCUCCUGCCACCAAGUUGAAUGAAAAAUGGUCAAAUUACUUGAGUAGUUACCUAAGUUUCAUUUUACUAGAUAAUCUGUAAAAAGUUUCUUUUUAUGUUUAUUAAUACAGUAACUAAUUUUCAAGAAAAAUUGAUGUUUGCAAAGUGUAAAUAUUUGUAUGUUGUGCAUGUGAUUUUUUUCCCUGAAUGAAUGAGUGAGAGCACAGCGUGGGAAUGGAGACAGCGAUGCCAUUGGAUGCUCCACUUGUUGAUCAGUGAGCACAACAAGCCUGUGUGCUUUGUAUGGAGAUUUGGCACCAGUGUCUGUACUGCCACAUGUUUUGCCUGUACCCUGCCAGAGGGCCGCAGCUCAAAUUUUAAAUUGCUCACUAAGAAGGCCGCUCCUGAUACAUCCACAGAACCCUGCCAUUUUCCAGUUAGGUAGGAAUGCAAUCUGGAACCAAAUGCCAUUGGCUGAUUCAGCCCAGGCAUCCCUCUGAUUUGCCUGAUUUCUCUGUGAGGUCGCUGUGCUCCCAACAGUGUUAGUGAUAUCACGCCGUUGACAUAUGUGAUAGGCCAGUUCUGAAAUCAGUUUAAAGGAGGAGCCAUUUGUAAAAAAGCCUACUGCCUGAAGGCCAUCCCUGUCUCUCUUUUGCUGUGUAAGUGUGAAUAACAGUAUUGCUGUUCAACAGCAAUGAAUGGCCCUACUUGAUGAUGUACUGCUCCUUUUACUAAAGUCUGAAGUUUCUGUAAUUUCUUCAUUUCGUCUCACCUUGAGCACUCCGCUUCCCCAGAGCCUUCUCUGUGCAGAGCAGAGGGAGGAAAUCUAGCUCUGUACAGAUCUGAUACAUGCAUAUCACUGCAGUGACAAACGACACUCCCCCUGUCCCCACCCCUUUGCCUCGUCCCCUGCCCGCGACAUCAGUUCACAGAAACUAUGUACUGGAGUUGAGCUGUCAUAACCAUUGGUAUUAAGCACACUUUAUACUUGUAGAGUCGUAGAAUUAAUUAAUGCCUCUCCUUUUUCAAAAUGAAUGCACACAACUUGCCAUGUCUACAGCCCCCCAGAAAUGCUUAUGCGAUGACACUGAAUUCCCAUGCAUCUAUUUUUUAAAAGAAAAAUGUAAAUGUUUAACCAAUAUGUGUGUUUCACUGAAGGUAUCGCUUCAUUCUCUCUGGAACUCCAGAAAU